AUGACCGGCAAGUCUAACGAACCAAUCAAAAUCAACAAAUGGGAUGGACCUACUGUCAAAAAUACGUUGGAUGACGCUGUAAAGCAGAUCUUGAAUGACAAAGUAGGGUGGAAAGAAUAUCAUUCUUUAAUGGACGGCAGACUGCUUAUCUCCUUCAUUGCAGUAUGCUUUUCUGCAACAGCUAUUGUCUAUGAUUAUAUCCAUCCAUUUCCAAAGUCCAAAAUAGUACUUGCUGUAUGUUCUAUUACAUACUUCAUCUUGAUGGGUAUUCUACAACUUUAUCAGUGGUACAUUGAGAAGAAAACGUUUUACCAAGCUGAGGAGUCUGAUGGGAAACAAAAGCGAAUUUGGAAGUGGAGCUCAGAGUUGAAAGCAUAUGACGACAAAUACACUCUUUCUGCUGAAUUCUCGAAGGAAACGCGAUCAGGACAAGGGAAAAUUACGAAGUCUAUUGGAGCAUACAUAAAUGAAGCUGGAGAGGUCCUUGUUCCAUUACUGAAAAAAGAUGUGGACCAGCUUUACGACAACCUCAUGAAGGGAGAACAAUAA